GUACUCUAACGCGCUGUAUUCCGCAGAAGCGAGGGCGUGGCUAGAAUUAACACGUGUGACGACUGAAUCACGUGACAGCUAGCUUGUCUCGGCGGUGGGUGUGUGUGACCUGGACCAUCGCAGUGGGACAACUGUGACUGAACUGAGCGUGUGUGUCUGUAGCGUUGUCUUCCGCUGCUGUUAGAAUGGGUGUUGACUGGUUCGGUUUUGGUUAUGCAGCUCUUGUUGCCUCUGGUGGAAUUAUGGGUUAUGUCAAAGCAGGUAGUGUUCCUUCCCUGGCAGCCGGGCUACUCUUUGGAAGUUUAGCUGGAUUGGGUGCCUAUCAGAUGUCCAAUGACUCAAAGAAUGUAUUACUUUCACUAAUUGCCUCUGGUACAUUGGCUGGAGUCAUGGGAUUCCGAUUUUACAACUCUGGAAAAUUCAUGCCUGCUGGAAUAAUUGCUGGUGCAAGUCUCUUAAUGGUGGGAAGAAUUGGAAUGAAGAUGUUGGAGAAACCACAACAGCCAUGAUGUUACUGAUGAAGUCAAUGUUUUCUUCCCCCCUAUAGUAAAAGUAUAAAUAUUUUUACAAUGUGGCCAUUAAAUAUUUUGUAAAAUAGAUGUAUUUUACCAAAUGUUGCUUUGGUGUCAUUUUUCAAACUGCCACUCUUUACUUAAUAAAUGUAAACGUUAAUUUAA